UAUUUGCAUUCUUUACAAAUGUUAUGCUUGUUUGGGUUGAUGUCAGGCUAAGCUGCUGCGGUACUAUCUGCAUGUCGGCAUCUAUCAAAUGCAUGCUGGGAACCGUCUUCCUGUUAUUUCUCUUUGGCCUGACCAUUCAUCCAUUUACCCAUCCGUCUGUCCACCCAUUUGUAUCUACAUUUAUCCCCUCCUUCCUCCACGAUCUCCCUCUCCCUCCCUCGCAUCCUCUUGUUAGAGCUGCUGAAUUAUUUAACAUCAGACAGUGGGCUCGGCUCGAGAGGGAGAGCUAGAGAGAGGAGAGGAGGAGGGAGGAAAAAGAUGGAGAGAGAAAGGGAAGUAUGGAGGUGUCCAACGCUGCAGGAAGCCGUGAGUCAGCAGGGAGAGAAAGAACCAGUGGGAGGGAAGACAGAGAGGGUUUAUAGAUAGCUUUAGGUGAUACGGCUGGAGAGAGUGGCGUCAAAUGCCUCCUGGUGCGUUUGUGUAUGUGCGUGUGCAUGCGCCUAUCGAUUGAGCAGAGAAGGUCACGGAGCCGAGAGGAGAUUAGCAAACUAGACUCAGAGAGGCAGAGCUAAUGCCUCCUCUGAACAGCCGCUAGACAGAAAAAGGAGAGGCAAAAAAAAAAGGAGAGAGAGACAAGGCGAAGGACGAGAAGAGCUACUACAGUAUGGGGGAGAGCUACAUGUACCAGCGACUCCCCUACACCAGAGGAGAGGAGGAGGGGGAGGAUGAAGACGAAGAGGAGAGAGACGGGAGGAUCAGAGAAAGUGUCGGGGGACAAAUGAUGCAGUGUGAGGAGGGGACCGAGUGGCUGCUGGAGUUGCUGACAGAUGUGCAGCUGCAGCAGUACUUCCUGCGGAUCCGUGAUGAGCUCAAUGUCACGCGACUCUCCCACUUCGACUACGUCAAGAAUGAAGACCUGGAAAAGAUCGGCAUGGGUCGCCCGGGUCAGAGGAGGCUUUGGGAGGCAGUCAAGAGGAGAAGAGCCCUUUAUAAGCGCAAGUCCUGGAUGAGCAAGGUGUUUCCAGUGAAACGACCCGACGCCGACCCCCAGCAGCUUCUCCCUCAGGGGGCGUCGUCCAGCACGGCACCAGCCAAUAGCGAGCCGGCAGCCUCGCUCACCUGCCUGAUCAGAGAGUCGGAGCUGCAGCUGUUCGAGCGGCUGGGAGAUGGCACAUUCGGGGUGGUGCGGAGAGGAGAGUGGACCGGACCCAACGGCAGAGUGUUGUCAGUGGCAGUGAAGUGUCUGAAGGCAGGCGUGUUGGACUCAGACGGUCUGGACGAUUUCAUCAGAGAGGUGAACGCCAUGCAUUCACUGAGCCACCAGAACCUCAUCCGCCUGUAUGGCAUCGUCCUCACACAGCCCAUGAAGAUGGUGGCUGAGCUGGCCCCUCUGGGUUCCCUGUUGGAUCGUCUGAGAAAGCGUCAGGGUCACAUCCUCAUCAUCCAUCUGUGUAACUACGCUGUGCAGGUGGCGUGUGGUAUGACCUACUUGGAGCAGAAGCGUUUCCUGCACAGGGACCUGGCUGCCCGCAACGUUCUGCUGUCCACCAAUGAAACGGUAAAGAUCGGAGACUUUGGCCUGAUGAGGGCGCUACCAACACACACCGACCAAUACAUCAUGGAGGAAGGCCACAAAAUCCCUUUCCCAUGGUGUGCUCCGGAGUCUCUGAAGUCUCGUACUUUCUCUCAUGCGUCUGACACCUGGAUGUUUGGGGUCACUCUGUGGGAGAUGUUCACCCACGGACAGGAGCCGUGGCUGGGCCUUAAUGGGAGCCAGAUCCUCCACAAGGUGGACGUGGAGGCCGAGAGGCUGUGUAAACCAGACGACUGUCCUCAGGACAUUUACAACGUCAUGCUGCAGUGCUGGAGCCCCAAACCGGAGGACAGACCGACCUUCGUCGCCCUCAGAGACUUCCUGCUCGAGACCAUGCCUACAGAUAUGAGAGCGCUGCAGGACUUUGAGGAGGAAGACAAGCUCCAGAUUAAAAUGAACGAUGUCAUCACCAUCAUAGAGGGAAGGGCAGAGCACUACUGGUGGCGAGGUCAGAACAGGGGGACACUGCGUGUCGGUCAGUUUCCUCGCCACGUGGUGACGUCGGUCGCCGGUCUGUCCGCCCACGACAUCAGCCGACCGCUCAAACACUCCUUCAUCCACACUGGACACGGAGACACGGACCCUCACAGGAGCUGGGGACACGCAGAUCGCAUCGACAGUCUGUAUUUGGGGAACCCCAUGGACCCUCCUGAUGUCCUUGGGAUGGACUCAGGCACCUCGAGGCCGACCAAACUCCCCAACCGUGCCAAGAAGCAACCUCCUCCUCGCCCACCCCAGCCUGCCGUUCUGCUGAAGAAGCCGUUCUACGACUCUGUGAUGGACGAUUACGACGACGAUGACGACACCAGCGCCUCGUCGGGGCUGAAGAAGCUGGGAGUGUCCCUGGGUCUGAAGCUCCGACCGUGGGAGGGGUCCGGCGUGCGCUCGGCCAAAAGCGAGGUGUCGCUCAUCGACUUCACUGAUGACAGCUUCAGCUCGACCACGCCCUCGCCGCUCACUGAGACGCGGCAGCCAGAUGAGGACACACUGAAGGACACUCCGUCCAUCCUGGACUGGCCUCUCCCUCUGCCAGCUUACGACGAGGUUACCACGGAGCUGGAGGACCAAUCAGAGGACCAGGAAGUGCGGUCUAUCAACAAGGGAUUGACUGAAGAGACCGCGGUAACGGCCAGCGCCACUACGGCAGGCAGGAGCGAGUCGCAGUCAGCUGACCUCUUCCAAGAACUACAGAGAGAGGUGAUGGUGAAGCUGCAGGUUCCCAUGGCAACGGGCCGCUCCCUCCCCUCCUCCCCCCUCCCUAUGCCCCUGGCUCCUUUGGGCCCCCACCGACAGAUCUGCCUGCCUCCUCCCUCCCCCUCAUCCACCUGCUCCUUCACCUCCUGCUUUGAGGACCGGCCGGUGCUGCCUCCUCGCAGCCCCGUCCCCCCGCUGCGUCCCUCCAGACACAACCUCUCCGCCCGCACCAACCACCCGCAGGCGCGCUCCAGCUCCAUCUCCCUGGGUGACCAGGAGGACACACCUCCUCAGAUCCCACCCAGAGACCACGCCUUCUCUCAGCCGGGCUCCCGCUCCUCCUCUCCCCUCCCACUGGUGCCGCCACUAUCCUCCUCCCCUGUGUCCCUGCCUCCUCCUCCCAUCUCUGUCUCCCCACGCCGGGCGUCUGGACUUCUGGGUCCCCUUCUGUCCUCCAACUCGUCCACCUCCUCCCCGCCUCAAGCCACAUCACAUUCCUCACGGCUCGCAGCUCGUGGUUCCUCCUACUCAUCCAGCUCCUUACUGGAUCCUCUCGCCUGUCGUGAGGGGCGUGGCCUUUCCUCACUGAUUGACAGCUCCCAGAGCUCUGCACCCGCCCCACUGCCUGACCGACCAGCUUUUCUGGAAAGAUACGGCGCAGCCAAUAUGGCGGCAGUCAAACCCAUGAUGCAGCAGCCCGGCGGAGCCAAACCAAAUUCCUCCUACAACAACAACAACGGGCGAACUGCAGCUCCCAGCAGGCAACAGGAGCAGAGCAUCACACAGGUCCAAGGAGCAGUACACGGUGUCACGCUGGAGGAGUGUCAGGCAGCUCUGCAGAGUCACAACUGGAGCAUCCCUCAGGCCAUAAAUCAUUUGAAGGUGGAGCAGUUGUUUCGUCUGGGUCUGCGGUCAAGAGCUGAGUGUGAGGAGCUUCUGCAGCGCUGCCUGUGGAACCUAGAAGAGGCCAGCACGCUCAUGCUGGACACAUACGGACCACAUCGAAACAUGAAGUGACAGCAGGAGGAUACACUGAGCAGUAAUCAACUACUGAAGAGCUCCUUCGGAUCAACACGGCAGCAUUGAACCUCUUUUUUUAAUUAAUGGAGGAGCAUAAGGCAGUAUACGUGCCUCACUAAAUGUACUGUGAAUACCUGCUACUACGUGUGUCAUACACCUGCAUGGUCAUUAUUAGCAAACAGAGCAGCUUGUUGAAUGAGUCACAACAGUUGCUAUUUAUGUUUUUUUAUUAUUACAAUAAUGGUGAGAAUUUAUGCUGCUGUGAAUGCGUGUGUGUGUGUGAGAAUGCAUAGGCUUACAUUUAUGUACAGACACUGUAAAUGCCCAUGCCUCUUUGCUGUUAUUGAAGAGAUAUCAUAUCAGGGAAAUGUCUGCUAACGUUAUAGUUGUACUCUUAUGUUUUUAUGGAAAUGUACAGAUAGGAUGUUGUAUUGUAUAUCGCACUUUACUGAGUGUGUCGACACACAAGCGGAUAUUUUUAACUGCUGGUCAGAAGAUGAUAAACAACUUAUCUAGUUGGUGAAGAGAAUAAGAUACUGAUAUGGCCUGAUAGCAUAUCAAAUGUUAUUAAUGGAUCAUUUGUGUUUUGAACAAGGCUUUCUGGGCUUUAUAAAGGUGUUAAUUGUGAAAGGAUUAAUGGAUGGACAUUUUCAGUAUUGGUUUUCUUGCCAAAACAAAAAUGUGAAGAUAUCUACUUAUCUCCUUAUGAAUACAGGGUAUUAGGCACUGAGUUAAACCUCUGCAAAUUAGAUAUUUAAUGAAAUGGAAGUGUAGUAUUUCUUCCUAUGGGAAUUACUGCUGCAUGAUAAUCAUAAACACAUGCUGAAGUGCUUAACUGUCAUUCAGUGUGUGCAUGUGUGCUAAGUGCUGCAGGUAGUAGUUCUCGAGAACUUCAUAGUGUGUGUGUGUGUGUGUGUGUGUGUCUGCGCAUAUGUUGAUCAUAAAUAUUGUAAGCAGCUAAACAGAGAUAGAAAUGGAUAACAAAUUGUUCAUUCUUGCAGCUACUUGUAUGAUAAGAGGCCAUUAGUUAAAGGUCUCUUGUCCAAAAUACAAUUUAGACAAUAAAAUUAGGAAAAGUCAGCGAAUUUCUGUACACACAUUGUGGCAAGUGGGCAAAAAUGUUUAAAAAACUCAUGCUUCUGUGUGUUUGCGUCUGUGAGAGAAAUGCUUCCCUCUUAUGCUCAGCUGUAAGCUCUUGUAGUCACGCUGCUGUAUGUGAUGCUGACUGCAUUUUACUGUAACAUUAGAGCAGCUUGUUAAUGAAAAAUGCAAAAAUGGCCUCCACUGUUUUAUAAUAAAGUGAAAUUUGAGUCAU